AUGGCCUCUGUCGCGCCCGCCCCAGAGGCGCAUCCUGCCCACGACCCAAACAUCCCCAUUGGGCUCCAGCAGCACAAUCCCCAUGCCUCAGCUAGCCAGUGGCGCCACCAGGAGUCGACCGCGUUUGCCAGAGCUGCCGUCGCACAUGACGCCCGCGCGCCCAACGGCGACGACCACGCUCAGGAGCCUCCGACAAACAGCCCCGACAACUUCAAGCCAGUCACCAUCGGCUCCGAGAAUGGGGCUACGGCAAACGGCACCGCACACGUCUCCGACGGCAAGGAGAUCAUCUGCGGACCCCUCAUCAACUACCGCCACAUGGACGGCCACGCCUGGUACGGCAGUGUCCUUGUUGUCACUCAAGGCGGCGGCAAGACCCAGAGCUUCCAGCCCGUCUUGAGCCUCGGGCGCAUCGAUAUUGCCUCUGGCCAGGAGGGGCUGGUCCCUGACCAGGCGGCUGCAACGAGCGCCGCUGAGGACCCUGCUCAGAUCCGGAGCGACCACGGUGUCAAGGUCGAGGGCAUCUGCCUGUACUCAGACCCCCGCGCCACCUUCUGGAGCUUCCCCAUUGCUUGCGACAUGGCAGAUGUCGAGACGAAGUGGGCCUACUCGAUCGCCGACGUGCACUACAAGAGUUCUUCCCAGGCUGCCACCAACUUCUUCUUCGUGCCCGCCAUCAACGAGUCCAUGCGCAUCAUGUUCCACUCGUGUAACGGUUUCAGUGUCGGCACGGACGAGGACGCCUGGAGUGGUGCGGCUCUGUGGAACGACGUGCUCAGGAGCCACGCCCGUGCGCCGUUCCAUGUCAUGAUUGGUGGUGGUGACCAGAUCUACAACGACGGCAUCCGUGUCAAUGGCCCUCUCAGAGAAUGGACCGACAUCAGCAAUCCCAAAAAGCGACGCGAUUUCCCCUUCCCUGAGUCUCUGCGCGAGGCCUGUGACAACUACUACCUCAACAACUACCUGCGCUGGUACGCAACCGAGCCCUUUGCGCAGGCCAACGGGCAGAUUCCUCAGCUCAACAUCUGGGAUGACCACGACAUCAUCGACGGCUUCGGCUCGUACGUCAACGACUUUAUGAUGUGUGACGUCUUCCGUGGCAUUGGCGGCGUUGCGCACAAAUACUACAUGCUCUUCCAGCACCACAUGGCCCCGCCCCCGUCAACAUACACGACCGAUGCGCCGCAGACCGUUACGGGUAGCCACCAGGGUGUAGACAAGGAGCAGCUCAAAGACACAUUCAUUGGCAAGCAGAACGUCUGGGAUCCCAGCUACAUUGUCGGCACGCGCGCCGGGCCGUACGUUGCCGAGCACUCGAUGAACAUGUUCAACAAGCUAGGCGCGCGCAUUGCAAUGAUCGGUAUCGACGCUCGCACCGAGCGCACCCGCCACCAGGUCAACUAUCCCGAGACAUACGACCUCAUCUUCAACCGCCUAAGGGAUGAGCUGAUCAAGGCCGCCGACGCCGGCAACCCGUACCGCCACCUCAUUGUGCUCCUCGGCAUUCCCAUUGCCUAUCCUCGUCUCACAUGGCUUGAGAACGUGUUCUCCAGCCCCUUGAUUGCGCCAGUGAAGUUUUUGAACCGACGAUUCGGGUUUGGUGGCAGUGCUUUUAACAAGUUUGACGGCAGCAUCGACCUGCUUGACGACCUUGACGAUCAUUACACGGCUCGGACGCACAAGAAAGAACGCAAUGCCCUUCUGCACCGCCUGCAGGGCGUCUGUGAGGCGCAUAACAUCCGCGCAACCAUUCUUGGUGGCGAUGUCCACUUGGCGGCGUUUGGCCGCUUCUACUCGAAUCCGGACCUGAACAUCCCUGUCGAAGAGGAUCACCGGUACAUGGUCAACGUCGUCUCCUCCGCGAUUGUCAACAAGCCCCCGCCCUCUGCUGUCGCGAACCUGCUGGCCAGCCGGAACAAGAUCCACCACCUCGACAGAAACACCGACGAGACGCUGCUGGAUCUGUUCGACAAGGACCCGGGCGACUCCAACAAGACUAAAUCCUCCAACCAUUGCACGAUGCCCAGCCGGAACUACGCCAUCAUCACCGAGAACUCUCCGAACAACCAACCUGCCAGCACAAACGGCGCCGCGACGAAUGGAGCCAACGGAGUCAAUGGCGUCAACGGCGCUCCGGACGCGAAUCACACAAACGGCGUGGACGGAGCUGCGGCCACGAACCCCUUCAAGGGCCGCGACGGCCACUCGUUCUUGCACAAGGGCGAGGAUAGCGCGGGCACGAAGCACAAGGCGGCGCAGUUCGAGACGCACGGCAAGAGCAACGACGGGUCGCUCGACUGCUGCAUCCGCGUCGAGAUUGACCAGCACGACCGGGACGGCAAGACGGAGGCGUAUGGUGUCACGAUCCCGGCCCUCAACUACGAGGCGGGCAAGUACUCUGCGCACGAGCGGCACAUGCCACAUCUGCACCGGCAUCGUAGCCGGCCCGAGACGAAGGCCAGCGGCGCGCCGUCCACGAUCCCGGCAUCCACGAGACCCGCAUCCACGAGGACCGCCCCAGCCCACUAG